UCGGCCUCCCAAAGUGCUGGGAUUACAGGUGUGAGCCACCACGCCUGAUGAAGACCUUUGAUUUUUAAAAAAGUAUUGAUUAAUAGUAAUGACUAAAAGGGAUGAUUUGAUGUGAAACUCUGUGAACCUUUCUACUCAUUACACUUUAGAGCUCUAUUGCGAUUGGUGUUUUGAUCCACAAAUAUUUAUUAAAAUAUCAGCAUUGCAGAUUGUGUGAGCCAUUGUGCCUGGUACACUUGGUUGGGAAAGACCUGCUAUGAGAUGUGGCUUUUGUGCUGGCAGAGUGGGCAGUGUAUCUGCAGAUAUGUGCUUUGCUGAAAUGGAAAGCAUUCUUCUGCAGCCAAAGUAGGAGCAUGAUCCAAAAUGGAAUUUUGCUAUUUGUGUGAUCAGGCUGAAGGUAUAGUCAGGGAAGAUUUCAGAGUAUGCGUUUAGGAUUUGAUGGAAGUUGUAGAACAAGGGGACAUUCUUGGCGAGUAGAAUAGCUUUGGCAUAGGGGCAGCAGGGGGACAGAGUUCAAAUGUGAUUUGAGAAUUGCCUAAAGGAAACACAUACUAAUUUUGAACAUGUACUGCAUCUGGCAGAAGCAGCACAGCCCUUAAGAUGGCUGACAUUGAGGGGCAGACACCCCUACAGCAGACACCUUUAUGGUCUGAGGUCUUCUGUCCACAAAGAGAAGGAUAAAACCCAGGGCCCUCUAUGUUGGACUCAAUAUACCUGUUAUAAUUCAAACUAAUCAAGUUUCCAACUCUCUGAUUUAGCAAAAAUUGGUUUGUUCAUUGACAUUAUUAUUAAUUGUGACCAGACUCUGAUAGGUGCUGUGGGGACCCCAAGAGAUGGAGUGAAAGAUACUCUACGAGCUCAUGAAAACCAGGGGAGGAGGAGCAGCAGCCAGCCCUGUACGCCAAAGUGCUGAAUUGUAGUGGGAGCCCGAGGGAGUUAGUAUCUCCAAGGGUUAGUCAGAUCAGAGAAAGCUUCCAGGAGUAGGUGGAACUUGAGCUGAGUCAUCGACAAUGGAAUAGUCUUGGGUAGGUAUGGAGCACCAGGGAAGAUCAUCCACUUGGGAAUGUAGAGGGAGAAAGGAGAACAGUUCAGCAUAGGGCUCUGUGGAGUGUAAGGCAGCAAGACAGAUGGGAUGGUGUCCUGUGAGAAACAGGCCAAGGAUUCAUCUCCCCUAAGCUGAAAUUGGGAGGCAUGCCCACAGCUUUCCAAGUGCAGGAAGAGCAGUCUUGGGGAGCAGGUGGGUGUGCCUGUCAGAGACUUCCACACAUACCACACAUGAAAGAAUGCUGACAGCUGACUCUGCCUCCCGCUGCUAGGUCCUGUCCGCUACCAACUCUUCAGCCUGGGGUUCAAAAGAGGUAUCUUUAGAACAAGAAAUGAAAUGAUAUAUAAGCAUUUGGAAUGGGGAUGGGCCACUCUGGGGAACAUAAAACUCUAUGAUACUGGUACUUAUUUCCAAGUGUUUAAUGUAUAAUUGGAGAAGGAAAUAUAGAAGAUUCAGUAACAAGGCAAUGUUUAAUGACAGUACAAGAUAGCUAGAGGAGGUAUAUCAUAGAGAAAGGAAAGUGAAGCUGGUAUUUGUUUAGUUCUCUGGUAUGCUUAGCAUCUCCUUUGCAGCAGAAGCACAAACAUAUAUGUGCCAGAUUAUGCUUUAUGUUGAAAUGACGAUGAACAAAGCAAUGGCUGAAUCAGAUGGUUGAGAAGUCAAGGAAUUUGAAUUAAAACUGAACAGGUAGUGAGGUGAAAGUUAGAAGGCUUUGAAAGACUUUAUUAGUAUCUGUUAGAUUGUUCAGUUUAUCCUCAUUGCCUCCAAGUAUGUCUACCAUUUCCAUUCUCAAUUUGCAAAUGGUGUGGUGGAGGACCAGAGUUUUCAGGGACCAGUAAUAUCGAGUAUUUGAAGACUGGUGGCUCUAUGGUUAAAAUAACAUUUGGAGUCAGACACAACUUCUCCUGUGAUUCAACAAAUCUCUCAACUUUAAUUUUCUUAUCUGUAAAAUGGUUAUGUCUCUGGGUUAAAAUCAGAGAAUAAAUCAGGGUUAAAUAGUAUAAUAAACUUAAAUCAGAUGAAAAACGUAAAUAAACUUAGAGAAUACCUGAUGUAUGUUAACAAUUCAGAUUAUUUUCUUUACCAUGUGAAUCUCUCCACCCUAUAUGGACAGGAAAUAUUUUGGUCACAGUUACUUCUUUCAAAUCUACUAUUUUUAACCUAUUUUGGCAUUGUGCUGCACAUAUUAUUUAUCUUUUUUUUUUUUUUCCUGCAAGAUUCUGUGAAGAGCAUUAGGAAAGGCAGAUGAGAAAACUGAUGCCUAAGACAGUUUAAGUGACGUGGCAAUUCAGAUGGCACACUGGUUUUAGAACUCAUAUAUGUAGAAGCAACUAACAACUUUUGGUCAAAAGUUGGCAUCACUUUGUGUUUUAGAUACCUCAUGAUGUCAAAGUAAGAGGCUUUGUAAUCAUAUAUACCUCGAUUUGAUUGUGAAUCUGGCACAGAAAGUGUGUGCUCUUGAGUAAAUCAUUAACCUUUCUGGACCUUAAUUUCCAGGUCUGUAAAAUGAGGACAAGAUCUUCUGCAUCACAGUGCUGUUGUGUGAAUUAAAUUGACAAUGACUGUAAAGAGCUCAGCACAAGUUAGUGGUAAUGUUUAACCACCCCCCUCCCCACCCUUUCACUACAGGAGAACACUUUUCCUUGACUGCACAGAGGAACACAGGCACAAGUAAGUCAUCAAAGCCAGAGCUCAACCUACAAACUUGAUUGGCCCAGGCACGACUGUAGAGAUUUUUCCCCAGGGAGCAAAGACACAAGGGUCAUGCUGUUGUGUUGUGUUAUUGGUUCCCAGAGGAGACACUGUUUUUUGCAGCUAGAGCUGGAAUUGUUUAAUGGAUAGUAUGUCAGACCUCAGGUCUCAGAAGUUUAAUCUCCUUUCCUUAUCAUAGAGAUCCCUGAGUACAGAGAACAAUGGCAUAUGCUUAGUUUUGUCUUAGGCUCAGCCACUCCAGCCAGGCUGAGCUGCAGAGUCAGCAGAAUCUGAAAAAGAUGUGGAAGGUACCAGUCCUGGCUUUGAAGGGCUUCUAGUUGAGGAGACAAGGCUCAGUACCUGGGAAUGUCAGAGCUGGAAGGGGCCACAGAGCUGAACUCUUGUUCUCUGAUCUCAAUUCUACAUAUAAUGAUGGGAAGACUUAGGGAGAAAAAGGAACUUGCCCAAGGCCACCAGCUCUAAAUGGUGGAGGAGGGAUUGGAAUGUGGAAUUCCUGACUGUACCCAGUAUUAUUUCCUCCAUGAGACAAACUGGAAACAAGAGAAGAGCAAUAAUCAAACAACAGCUAAAUGAUCAGGUUAGCAGAUACAAAGGAAACUAGUUGUCUGUGCUUCUCACUGUGUAGGAAGAUGGAGGAGGUUGGUCUUCAACUCCUGUCCCUCAGGGCUUGACUUGGAGUCUUAGAAGAGACGGCAGCACUUAGCCAAAGGCUAGCAUGGUGACUGACUAUAGAAGUAAAUCAAAUGUAACAAAAAAAUUUGCACACUUAGUAAGGUGAUCCCAGUAUGUUCUUUCAUGAUUAUUAUCUCAUUUAAUCUUUAAUUACUUCUUGAAACAACCCUUCAGGUAGAAUUAUUACCCCAUUUCCAAAUGAGACUUGAAAAGAUUAAAAAUGUUUCCUAAGAACACAAUUACUAAGUGGGAAAGAGAGGCUAAGAAAUCUAAACCUAUGACAUCAAAUCAGAACUGCUUCCAUUCUUCUUUUUAAGGAGAAACAUGGCUUGAACAUUUACUGUUGGACGGUUACUCCCAGUGUUCUCUAUGCUACGAGCUGUGCAGAGAUGCAUUUGAAAUAUAGCCCUGUCCUCAUGGAGCUCGUGGUCUAGUGAGAGAGAUAGACAGUUGCAGAUCUGAUCUCUUCUGAACACCUCAUCGUGUCUCCAUCCCUGGGAAUCUGACCCUAGCAACUGGACCAUUUUGUUCUUGGAAUUUUGGGUGUCCUCUCUUCUCACCUUUCCCGUUUCCCUUUUCCCCUUCCCCCUCCUGAGAACUCCUGAAGACUGUAGAGGUUGUCAUGGAGUCCAGGGAAACCUUAAGCAGCUCCCGGCAAAGAGGGGGCGAGUCAGACUUCCUGCCGGUCUCCUCAGCCAAGCCCCCAGCUGCUCCUGGCUGUGCAGGAGAACCUUUGCUCUCCACUCCAGGACCUGGGAAGGGGAUCCCGGUGGGCGGAGAACGCAUGGAGCCAGAGGAGGAGGAUGAACUAGGCUCAGGGCGGGAUGUGGAUUCCAACUCCAAUGCGGACAGUGAGAAAUGGGUGGCAGGAGAUGGUUUGGAAGAGCAGGAAUUUUCUAUCAAGGAGGCAAACUUCACAGAGGGAAGUCUGAAGCUAAAGAUUCAGACCACAAAGCGGGCUAAGAAACCCCCAAAGAAUUUGGAGAACUAUAUAUGUCCACCUGAGAUCAAGAUCACCAUCAAGCAGUCUGGGGACCAGAAGGUGUCCCGUGCUGGAAAAAACAGCAAAGCCACGAAGGAGGAAGAAAGAAGCCACUCCAAAAAGAAGCUCCUCACAGCCAGUGACCUUGCAGCCAGUGACCUCAAAGGAUUUCAGCCACAGGCUUACGAGAGGCCCCAGAAACAUUCAACUCUCCAUUAUGACACAGGCCUCCCACAGGACUUCACCGGUGACACCUUAAAACCAAAGCACCAGCAAAAAAGCAGCAGCCAGAACCACAUGGACUGGUCCACCAACUCUGACAGCGGACCUGUCACUCAGAAUUGCUUCAUCAGUCCAGAGUCUGGCAGAGAAACUGCAAGCACCAGCAAGAUCCCAGCUCUUGAGCCCGUGGCUUCCUUUGCAAAGGCCCAGGGUAAGAAAGGCAGUGCAGGGAACACGUGGAGUCAGUUGUCUAACAAUAACAAAGAUCUGCUUUUGGGAGGUGUGGCACCAUCCCCAAGCAGCCACAGCUCACCAGCCCCACCCAGCAGCUCUGCUGAGUGCAGCGGGCUUCAGCCCUUGGUGGAUCAAGAUGGAGGAGGUACAAAGGAGCCCCCAGAACCACCUACUGUGGGCAGCAAGAAAAAGUCCAGUAAGAAGGAUGUGAUAAGUCAGACCAUACCAAACCCAGACCUGGAUUGGGUCAAGAAUGCCCAGAAAGCAUUUGACAAUACAGAAGGGAAAAGGGAAAGUUAUUCCACAGAUAGUGUCCAGGAGGCAUCACCAGCCAGGCAGAACGUGAGUUCUGCCAGUAAUCCUGAAAAUGACUCAAGUCAUGUCCGGAUUACUAUCCCCAUCAAGGCACCCUCUCUGGAUCCAACCAACCAUAAGAGGAAAAAGAGACAGUCCAUUAAAGCGGUGGUGGAAAAGAUCAUGCCAGAGAAAGCCCUGGCUUCUGGAAUCACUAUGAGCAGUGAAGUAGUUAACAGGAUACUUUCCAACUCUGAGGGGAGUAAGAAGGAUCCCCGUGUCCCUAAGUUGGGUAAAAUGAUAGAGAAUGAGUCCCCCUCAGUUGGCCUUGAAACUGGUGGAAAUGCUGAGAAAGUUAUCCCAGGAGGUGUGUCUAAGCCACGGAAGCCACCCAUGGUCAUGACACCUCCAACGUGCACAGAUCACUCUCCAUCCAGAAAGCUGCCGGAAAUCCAACAUCCAAAAUUUGCUGCAAAACGAAGGUGGACUUGCAGCAAACCAAAACCCAGCACCAUGCUUCGAGAGGCAGUUAUGGCCACCUCUGAUAAACUGAUGCUGGAGCCCCCAUCUGCGUAUCCCAUCACCCCAUCCAGCCCUCUCUACACCAACACAGACAGUCUUACUGUGAUCACUCCAGUCAAAAAGAAGCGGGGACGACCAAAGAAGCAGCCUUUGCUCACAGUCGAGACGAUUCAUGAGGGAACUUCCACCAGCCCCGUCAGUCCCAUCAGCCGAGAGUUUCCUGGCACUAAGAAAAGAAAGCGACGACGCAAUUUAGCGAAGUUGGCCCAGCUAGUGCCGGGAGAGGACAAACCCAUGAGUGAGAUGAAAUUUCACAAGAAAGUUGGAAAGCUCGGCGUGUUGGAUAAGAAGACCAUCAAAACUAUCAAUAAGAUGAAGACACUCAAGAGGAAAAACAUCUUGAACCAGAUCUUGUCCUGUUCCAGCAGCGUUGCUCUGAAGGCAAAAGCUCCCCCAGAGACCAGCCCUGGGGCAGCAGCCAUUGAAAGCAAACUGGGCAAGCAGAUUAAUGUCAGCAAGAGGGGAACCAUCUACAUUGGCAAGAAGCGGGGCAGGAAGCCAAGAGCAGAGCUGCCACCCCCAUCCGAAGAACCCAAAACAGCCAUCAAGCACCCCAGGCCUGUUUCUAGCCAGCCGGAUGUUCCAGCCGUGCCUUCCAACUUUCAGUCACUUGUGGCGUCUUCACCAGCAGCUAUGCACCCACUUUCAACACAGUUAGGUGGGUCCAAUGGCAACCUGAGCCCUGCCAGCACUGAAACCAAUUUUUCAGAGUUGAAAACUAUGCCAAAUCUCCAGCCCAUCAGUGCUCUUCCAACCAAAACCCAAAAGGGAAUACACAGUGGAACCUGGAAGCUGUCUCCACCCAGACUGAUGGCCAACUCCCCUUCACACCUGUGCGAGAUUGGCUCCCUAAAGGAAAUCACGCUGUCCCCUGUGAGUGAGUCCCACAGUGAGGAGACGAUCCCCAGCGACAGCGGCAUUGGGACAGACAACAACAGCACUUCUGACCAAGCGGAGAAGAGCUCAGAAUCCCGAAGGAGGUACUCUUUUGAUUUCUGCUCCCUGGACAACCCGGAGGCCAUUCCGUCCGACACCAGCACAAAGAACCGGCAUGGCCACCGGCAAAAGCAUCUCAUUGUGGACAACUUUCUGGCCCACGAAAGCCUCAAGAAGCCAAAGCACAAGAGGAAACGGAAAAGCCUGCAAAACCGCGAUGACCUCCAGUUUCUGGCAGACCUGGAGGAGCUCAUCACCAAGUUCCAAGUGUUCAGAAUCUCCCACCGGAGUUACACCUUCUACCACGAGAAUCCAUAUCCCAGCAUUUUUCGGAUUAAUUUUGAUCACUAUUACCCGGUGCCAUAUAUCCAGUAUGACCCGUUGCUCUAUCUUCGUAGGACUUCAGACUUGAAGUCAAAGAAGAAGCGUGGUAGGCCUGCAAAAACCAAUGACACCAUGACAAAGGUGCCUUUUUUACAAGGGUUCAGCUACCCUAUUCCCAGUGGAAGUUACUAUGCACCCUAUGGAAUGCCUUACACAUCAAUGCCUAUGAUGAACCUUGGUUAUUACGGUCAGUACCCAGCUCCUUUGUACCUAUCGCACACGCUUGGAGCAGCUUCCCCAUUCAUGAGGCCAACAGUGCCACCACCUCAGUUCCACACAAACUCCCACGUAAAGAUGUCCGGUGCAGCUAAGCAUAAAGCCAAGCAUGGAGUACACUUGCAGGGACCUGUUAGCAUGGGCCUUGGUGACAUGCAGCCUUCUCUGAAUCCUCCCAAGGUAGGCAGUGCCAGUCUGUCCAGCGGUCGGCUCCAUAAGAGGAAACACAAACACAAGCAUAAGCACAAGGAAGACCGGAUCCUAGGGACCCACGACAACCUGAGUGGUCUCUUUGCAGGCAAAGCCACAGGCUUCUCCAGCCACAUCCUGAGCGAGCGGCUGAGUAGCGCAGACAAAGAGCUCCCGCUGGUGAGUGAGAAGAACAAGCAUAAGGAGAAACAGAAGCACCAGCACAGCGAAGCCGGCCACAAAGCUUCUAAGAACAACUUCGAGGUGGACACCUUGUCUACACUGUCACUUUCCGACGCCCAGCAUUGGACACAGGCCAAGGAAAAAGGAGACUUGAGCAGUGAGCCUGUGGACUCAUGCACGAAAAGAUACUCUGGCAGUGGCGGGGAUGGUGGCAGCACGAGAUCGGAGAACCUGGACGUGUUCAGUGAAAUGAACCCUUCGAAUGACAAGUGGGACAGUGACGUGAGUGGGAGUAAAAGGAGGAGCUAUGAAGGCUUUGGAACGUACAGGGAAAAGGACAUCCAAGCCUUCAAGAUGAACCGCAAGGAGAGAAGUUCUUAUGACUCCUCCAUGUCUCCAGGGAUGCCAAGUCCCCACUUAAAAGUGGACCAGACAGCAGUGCAUAGUAAGAACGAAGGCUCAGUGCCCACCAUGAUGACCAGGAAGAAGCCAGCCACAGUUGACAGUGUUGCAAUUCCACCAGCCCCAGUGUUAUCUCUCCUUGCUGCAUCCGCAGCAACAUCGGACGCAGUCGGCUCCUCCCUGAAGAAGAGGUUCAAGCGGCGGGAGAUCGAAGCCAUCCAGUGCGAAGUGCGGAAGAUGUGCAACUACACCAAGAUCCUAUCCACCAAGAAGAACUUGGACCACGUGAACAAGAUCCUGAAGGCCAAGCGGCUGCAGAGACAAUCAAAAACAGGCAACAACUUCGUGAAGAAGAGGCGCGGGCGUCCCAGGAAGCAACCCACCCAGUUCGAUGAGGACUCCAGAGACCAAAUGCCGGUGCUGGAAAAAUGCAUCGACCUGCCCAGCAAAAGGGGCCAGAAGCCCAGCCUGAGCCCACUGGUGCUGGAGCCCGCCGCCAGCCAAGACACCAUCAUGGCCACCAUCGAAGCCGUCAUCCACAUGGCCCGGGAGGCGCCGCCCCUGCCCCCGCCACCGCCGCCGCCCCUACCGCCACCGCCGCCACCGCCCCUACCCCCACCACCCCCUCUACCCAAGACCCCCCGAGGCGGAAAGAGGAAACACAAACCGCAGGCCCCCGCUCAGCCCCCGCAGCAGCCGCCCCCGCAGCAGCCCCUUCCCCAGGAAGAGGAGGUGAAAGCCAAAAGGCAGAGGAAGUCCCGAGGGAGUGAGAGCGAGGUCCUUCCCUAGGGCGGGUCUGGGCGUCUGCACCUGGGGCCUAGGGAACUGACACGUGGGAAGCGCAGUGGGCGGGGGCGGAAUCCCCGGCUGCAGGGACACCCACGCCCUUCUCUCCAGAAGCCGGGCAGGCAGAAUCCGGCCAGACGACGGGCUGAGCCAUCAGGAGCUCUAGGGAAAGCAAAGCAGGGAGACACCUUCAGAAGAAGCUUGUCAGCUUCACCGCAGCUCCCAUCACGCGGCGCUUCAGUACGGCUGGAUCGUCCACAGGCGAGCGGAAGGCCCCCAGGAGGAGCAGGCUGGUGGCGCUCUCCUGACCUCCCGCUGUCAAGGUGCGCCCUCGACUCCGAUUUCAUUUGCUGGCCAGGAAAAUCGAAAGGGAAACACCCUCAAUUAGGAAACAUUCCAAGGGGAGAAAAGCUGCAAAUUGCUCAACUGGCAUUGCUGUAACCUGUUCCAUUUAAUUGGUUUUUAUUUCUUUUGAUUUUCAAGCUCUGCUAAGCUUUGGGGUACCAACGUCAUCUUCAGGUGACCUAAAUCUUUCCCUUAACCGUACAGUUUCUCAGAUGGAAUUGUGUGAUCAGAAGGUGGAGUUCUAGUGAUAGGCGACCUUAGACCCGCAUUCAUGUUCUGUGUGCCUCUUCUGUCGCACAUACACUGAUUUUUAGCGUUGUCUAUUCCUACUUUUCCUUUGCCCGUUGUACUUCCAUAUAUCUUUUCAUUAACGUACUUGCUGCUUUUUUUUUUUUUUUAAAUCUUGGUACACAUUUAAAUAAUACAAUUCUUAACCUGCGCUGUAAAGUUCAACCUUGGCAUGCUGUUCCAAGAACCUGGCUUUGAAUCCCAAUCAUUGUGAAACAUACUCAGUAUUGAUAAAACCUUUUUAAUAAGUGACGCAGAGCAGCCAAGGAUAUGUUGACCCAGAUGUCAACCAGGCUAUUUUUAUACUUAAAACAUGUCAGCAGAGCAUAGGCAGAAUAAAAUGGUUUUAAUACCCCACAGCAAAUAGAAUAACUGACAAGCUACCAAAAACUGAAACCCCAGACCCACCAGAAAGACAAGUGUCUAGCAAUGCCUUGGUACCUGAUCUUUUUCAUACGAAUAAUUGUCAUAGGUUGUUCAAAAAAAAAAAGGAAACAAAAAGACAAUAGAAGAAGUCCAUUAUCCCUGGAUAAUUAUUUCUUAAAAGCAAAUGGGAGUAAGUGUUCUUAUCUGGAAAAAUAAAUAAAUAAAAUGCUCAAAGGGUAUCACCACUUCAAUUAUAUCAAGCCACCUUGGACAAAGUAUCCAAAUUGUGGUUGCCUUAAUAAACUAAAACAUUAUUGUACAUAAUGUAAUUAUAAAUCUAUCAGUCUGCAUGGAUGCAAACUGUGUGUGACAAAUCGUCUUUUAAAUGGUCAAUUUCAGCUGUACAUUUCUCAUCCAAGUUGUACUCUAACCAUUGGUUUAGCGUGGACAGAUAUUCCAUCUCUAUUAUCCAUUUCCACAGCCCGAAUAAAAUAUGUUAAGCAGGCUCAGAAUGAAUACGAAGAAUUCCAUUUCCGUAGAUGUUUUCUAAAAGUCAGAUUGUGGAAAUUUCAAAUAACUAUUUUCAAUUUCCUCCCUCACUCCCCCUUACCUUCCCCAAGACAUCAAACACCUGGCAUGGUAGAUUAUAGAAAGAGACACUGAGAGAGAGAAUUAAAUUUUCUAAUGGGAAUUAGAAUAUCUGGUUUACUUCCAAAUUAAGUUUCUUUACGGGAAGUUGGGACCAGCUGGAAAUUGUAUUAUCAUUUCAGAACACAGUAUUAUUUCCUUAGAGAGAGAGAGAGGGAUUUUUGUUGGCAACGUAAGAGAAUAAGUGAUGGGGUAUCUAUGUGAGUAAAUUUUUAAAUUCCAAGUUAAUGUGCUUGCAAACAUUACUGCUCCGUUAUGGCACCAAGAGUUAGUUGAAAUUACCCACAUAGUCAUACUGUUGUGCUCUGUCACCAUGGACUUCACAUCAUUCGCUGCCCACUAGGUCAGUCGCAUUUAAUACUAGCAAUAUGUAAGUUUAAAGGACGGCAUUCCCCUCUACUUUAAAGCUUAUGUUCUAGAUACUCAGUUUGUGACCUUGGUUGACCUUUGGCAUUUCACACAAGUUAAACAGCAAUAUCAAAGCAGCCAUUUUUAAUUCGUCAUUCCCAAGCCCUGAGUGGUUCCAAAGUCACCUGAGAGGAAGGUUUAAAUUAGCCCCUCUCACCCCACCAUUGCUAAGAAACAGCAGCCAUUUUCAUUCCAAUUCAGCCAUAAAGAGGUUUCUCUUCCUGGGUUUUGAAAUCAUUUCCUUCUUUCUUUCGUUUGCCCUUCCUCCUUCCUGUGUUGUACUGUCUCUCCAGCCACCUCUAUAAGCAGACUCAAUCUUCUCACAGAGGAAGAUGAGCUGGCACUCUGCAAACUUCUUUAAUAAGGACCCAAAGUUUAAUUGACAUUAACCUCUAGUAGGUGAGAAAUUCCAAAAAAGCUUUGGGGUACAUUAGAAUUUCCAAAGCCCUGAAAGAUAUUUCAGGAGAUUUAACAGCAGAGUUGCAACUUACACGUGAAUUCUGGUCUAUAGUGGUCAUGUGAGUUAAAUUCGAAUCCCCUACUUGUAUGACCCUAGGAAUAGACUGGAAUACUGCAGAGGACCACAGCUGAGGCAUGCUAAACAGCCGCUUGGAGGCGGAAGCAAGUUUGGUCACCUACACAGCUUCCUCUCUCCACCACCCAGUUCCUCUCUCAGUAUCACAUUAUGUUAUUCUUCCGCUUUUCAUUUACCUAACUCAUCAGUACAACCAUUUCCUUAUUCUCUAACUACCCCCAAUUCCUUUAGCCUCUCCCUACCUGUCCAAACUCAGCUCAGCCGUGGGCCAAUGCAGCUUACAGACAGUUGGUUGCAGAGCUGGGAAGAAAACCCAACUCUCCUGACCCUGAUCGUGGAGGUCUCUGGGCCCGCCAACACUGCCUUCUGGGUGGGGCUGCUUUAUUAUUAUUAUUUUUUUUUUUUGAGAAGAGGUCAUUUGGGAUACAUGGUACUCCAUAUACAGCUUCACAAAAUAUUUCAUUAUAAAAGAAACCCCUUGAUUUUUAUUUCUUUUUUUUUUUUUUUUUUUUUGGUUUUGGUUUUAGUUUUUGUUUUCUGGAUGACCUGACUUCAGUAAGCAGAUGCGGACCCACUUGUAAGGAGUCUGGUUGGUGAUGAGAAAAGGAUGAAAUCUAGAUACAAAAGCCUCCUUGAAGGUGAUGAUGGAUCUUUAAUCCACUUGGCUAAGUGUCUGGAAGAGCUACUUGCUCUUCCACCCCUCAUCUCAAAUGAGAGGAACAGAAGUUUAACUUCUUCAAAUAGCCCAGCUCUGGCGAAAACCCAAGGAAGAAAGGUCAAAGGAAAGGAAAGCAUGUCAGGGGCUGGUUUGUGACUUGGCAGGACCAGGAAUCAGCAGCCACUAACAACCCAGAGAAGGUGACUAAGGGCUGGCAGAAGAUUAGCAUGUUAAUUUGGCUGCUGUCCGGAGUAGGUGGCCAUGUUCAAUGGCAGUCAGAAUUUGUGUUCUGCACAUUGCUGGGUCUAUAAAUAUGAUAAUCAAGUGGUGACAGAAUUAUAGUAUAAGGUGAUGUACUACAUGCAGAUCAUAAAGGAUUUGGUUUUAAGACUUAAGUAGAAAAUCCCUCUUGUAGCUUAUUACCCAACAAUAUUCAGAUAAUGAGCUUUUGGAGAAUAUUUUUUUCCUAUCACUAGAAAGAUUUACCUGGGAACUGUCUAAAGUCUAUACACAUAUUUCCAAAGCCUUUAAAUACCAACUGCAGCAUGGAGAGAGAGGGGUGGCGGAAGCUGAAAUGCCUCAAAAGCCAUUUAAGUGUUACGUUGCAGGAUUUUCAGUCCUUCUCGUUAUGUAAAAGUAGAUAAAUAUAGACGUUAUUCUCAACUCUACCCUAUAGUAUCACAGUGGUCCAAAUGCCAGAGCUUACAGAUAAUGUCAUCACAGUGCCUAGAAACUCGAACUGUAAUAUACCGUAGCAUUUUCUUGGUGUUUCUUAAAGUUUCUUUCCACAAUACAAGGUCCUCUCUGCCUCUUGUUUCUUGGAGAGUUCACCCCACUGAUGAGUCUUCCUUCCCUGUUGGACUCAGUCAUUUGGGGAACAGUCUUAGAAGCACAUAUCAACCAAGGAAGAAACUUCCUGGAUAUCUAUUGCCCACUUGCCCAGGUCUAAUAAACACUAAAGGGGGGAAAUUGAAAGGAGCUGCCAACUGGUCAACGUGGAAGGGCAGUUCCACCCUAGAUUGGUGUCUUUCUUUUUCUUCCUUUUUUUAAAAAAAAAAAAAAUCUAUUUCUUAAAUAAUAAUAAAUGCACAUGAUGUGUUAAAUAUGUACAUAUAUAUUUCAAAAGAAAAAAAUGGGGCACAAGAUUGUCUUACAAGUCGUGCUGGCUAAUUUUUAGUUUGUAUUCAUAAGUGGUUUUUAAAAGCCUUUUUUAAAGUGUAAUUUGCAUGUUCUACUUUGAUUGUAUGUAAACAUAUUUUAGAACAAAAAAUGUAUUUGUAUUUUAUUGAAUAUAGAGGCAAGAAAAUUGUACAUUGUUUGAAAUGUUCUUUUUGUAACAGUUUUUAUUCAUAAAGCAUUUUUGUACAUUUAAAAUGAACAUGGACUUGCUGUUAUUUGAGGCGUAGAUACAUCUAGCAUGCUUACUGUCAUGCUCCUCCAUGGUCUUAGAUGUUGGGUUUUAAACAUUUUUUUCUAAAAGAAAGCUCAGUCUUUUUCGCUACCAGAUCAGGUUAGCACAGUAUAGAGCACUUAACUAUUAAAAAAAAAAAAAAAAGUUAAUCCUAUUCAUAUGUUAUUCAUUGUGUGAAAUUAAAGACAUUCAAUUCAGUCUAA